AUGUCCGUCGAUCCAGAUCGGACGUACAUCGUCGUGGGAGAGCAGCGGCGGCUGGGUCUUCAUGGUGCGGUUGGUAAACAUGGAAAGCCAAGAAAAUUAUAUAGCUUCCUUACAUUGUUGUUUGAUCAAUUGCUUUGCGUCAGGCUCACUGAUGGAGCAUGCCUAAUCUUGGACUGCAUUUAUUGCCUGGUGUUGGGUGCUUUGGAUGGUGGUCUUGAUAUUCCGCACAGUGACAAGAGAUUUGGUGGCUUCAAGAAGGAUGAGAAGCAGCUGGACACUAAGAUUCACCUCAAAUUCAUUUAUGAAGAUCAUGUUGUUGACUGCAUGAAGCUGAUGAGGAGCCUGAUAAAUGCCAAUUUCACUUUAGUGGGUACAUCAAGAAGGGGAUUGCGGCUGAUGACAUGGAAGCACUGUACAAGAAGGUUCAUGCUGCCAUUUGUGCUAAUCCUACCAUGGCAAAAUCAACCAAGGAACCUCCAAAGACGCACAAGAGUUAACGGGACUGUUCGCUGCACGUAUAAUCUCAAGAAGCGUUGA